AAAAAAAAGGAAAAAAAGUUGUCUGAAAAGGGCCGGAGCUCGGAGAGAGACCGCGCUGAUGGCACAGCUAUGCGGAGGGACAGCAUCUCGCCCGCGGAUUUUCCAGCGACUUGUUCCCGCGGGGAUGCGAGCCAGAACGUGGCACUCAAGCGGAGCUCAAAAUUCAUCCACGGAUGACCUGACCCCCAUCUUUCCCACCCGACCAGCCUUAUCGUGCCACUUUUUUGAAACUUUUGCAAUCUGAAUAUGGCCGUCCGUGGCAACUCGCUUAUGCCCUUUUCCAUCCAGGCCAUUCUAAACAAGAAGGACGACGGCAGACACUUGCCCGAUUUGGACGUGUGCUUCUCCAAGACGACGUGCUGGAAAAUAUUCGGGGACGUGCACUCCGCCUCGGGGGAACCGCCCGAGAAGAGCUAUGACUCGGACUCGGGGCUGAGCGAUGACAACGACGCCAAGCCACCGGGGGUCGCGCAGGGCCUGCAACCGGAGAAGGGCGCCGGUACCGCUUCGGACGUGCCGGAGGAGAGCCCGCAGGAGGAGACGGACCACGAAUCCGCCACUGUCGAGAACACUAAGAGUGACAGUGAGCUCAAGAACGCCGCAGACUGUGGCUGCCCCGCUGAUGAGAAGAGCGCCGAGCAGCCCAAGGCAAGGAAGAAGCGCUCCCGGGCGGCCUUCUCCCACGCGCAGGUCUUCGAGCUGGAGCGCCGCUUCAACCACCAGCGGUAUCUCUCCGGGCCCGAGCGCGCCGACCUGGCCGCCUCCCUCAAGCUGACAGAGACUCAGGUCAAGAUCUGGUUCCAGAACCGGCGCUACAAGACUAAGCGUCGCCAGAUGGCCGCUGACCUGAUGGCAUCCACGCCGGCUGCCAAGAAGGUGGCCGUCAAGGUGCUGGUGCGUGACGACCAGAGACAGUACGGUCCCGGGGAGGUGCUGCGGCCUCCGCUGCUGUCCCUGCAACCCUCCUACUACUACCCGUACGCGUACUGCCUCCCUGCAUGGACACUCUCAUGUACGGGGAACCCGUGAAAACAGAGCGGACUUUAUUUAUUUGCAGACAUUAUUAUUAUUUUUUGACAUAAGGAACUUUAACAGCCCAUUUUUUUUCAAACCGAAGUGGAAGUCAAUGAUGGCACCUAAUUGGACAUUUGUUCGUUUAUAUAUUUACAUCCUACCUCUGCAGUGAUUGACGGUUGUUGUUUUUUUACUUUUCAUUAAGUUGCAAGCUGCGUUUACUCCCCCACUGCCCUUUCUGUCUUAUUUUCUCGCUGUCUUUGUAAAGGUAAGAUAUUUCAGCACUUUUUGGGAAGCAUUUUUGUGGAGGGGAGAAAAAAUAAGCAAAAACUAAUGCCUCUUUAAAAUGUAACGUGUGCUUGUGUUUUGGAUGAUACAAAAAUAUUAAAACAUAUCAGUUCACUAUGA